CGGCUGGUGCACGUGAGGCGGAAGUGAGUGAACGCACUUCUGGAAAGGUUUGCAGUGCGAAAGUUCACUAUCGGAGUUUUAUUGAUUUAAAAAUAAGCAACAACAAUGUGGGACGCGGCGUUUUUACAGAACAAACUCGACAUGGACUUGUCAGAAGAGGAGCGGAGAGGACUGAAGCGGAAAAUAUCGUUGACAAGCUGUGAUGUGUGCGAAGCUGAGGAGGCCAAGUACCGCUGUCCCAACUGCCUGAAGUGCUCCUGCAGUCUGCCCUGUGUGAAGCAGCACAAGUUCCGCUCAGGGUGCAGCGGCGUUCGGGAUCGCACCACCUUCGUCCCUCUGUCUCACUUCAGCGACCUCCACCUGCUCAACGACUACAGGUUUCUGGAGGAGACGGGACGCGUUGCUGAGAGACCCAACAGAGAUGCACUGCUACGCACUCGCUCACGCCACAGCUUCCGUGUGAUGCUGCUGUUGAGGAACGCGAGGGCAGCGAAGGUAAAUCUGAAGAUCCUGCCGAAGUCCUUCAGCCGGCGCAGAGAGAACACGUCCAUGUACAACAAAACAGAGAGGAAGCUGUACUGGCACCUGAAGCUCAUCUUCCCUCAGAGCGAUGCGGAAUACUCCACCAGAGUUCCAGAAGACCGAGUUCUCGAGAAGAUCCUGAGCGACUACGUCCACCCGACUGAAUCGGAUCCGGUCAAACGGCAGAACUUGAAGACGUAUGUUCUCACUCCCCUCGAUCAGCUCAGCGUGUUUAUGAAGUCUGAGCAGAGGCUGCCAAACUCUCUGAACUACCAUGAGCUGGACUUGAAGAAAAGUCUCAGAGAGAACCUGGCAUUCAAAAUGGUGGUGGAGUACCCCGAGCUCCACGUGGUUGUAAAAGGACAUUGUGAGGAAUACCGCACUCGCAUCCCAGACAGAGGCAUCAUCUCAUCACGUCCGUCUUCCUCUUCAGAAGCUCAGGGAGCUCCGGAGAGCCACACGGCAAGAACAGAAAAGGAAACAAUGGCAGAAUCGGAGCUGGAGGAGGGAGAGAUCCAAAGCGAGGAUGAGGAGGAUAAUAAUCUAAACAAAACAUUGAACGAACCUCCACAUCCUCUAAAUGAUGACGAUGAUGAUCUUAAAAAUACAGCAGGCUCAGAGUGUCAUCUUCCUCCUCCUUCAAGCGAUAAUAUUGAUGAGGAUGUUGAAGGUCAUCUUGGUGACCUUGAAAGUCCUGCUGUCCAGAAUGCAAUGCGUCUUUCUUCCUGCCUUGAUGAUGUCACCAAACAGAAGAGUGAUUCCCUGGAAGCAGAUGUUGCUCCUCUUCCUCCUCCUCCUCCUUCAAGCGAUAACAUUGAUGAUGUUGAAGGUCAUCUUGGUGACCUUGAAAGUCCUGCUGUCCAGAAUGCAGUGCAUAUUUCUUUAUGCCUUGAUGAUGUCACCAAACAGAAGAGUGAUUCCAUGGAAGCAGAUGUUGCUCCUCUUCCUCCUCCUGAUGGUGGAACAUGAAAGGAUGACACUGCGAUGGAAAUGAUUGAAAAAAAAAUCUAUGCUUUGUAUGUUUCGCUUACUGAGGAGUCAAUAAUCACAAAUUCAUUGUCGUUAUUUAGGACAAAGAUCAGGUUCUUAUUGUAAAAUAAUCAGCGACAAGUUGGUGAGGAGGCGGAGUUACCGUUACCGCUCCACAGGUGAUUAUUUAUCAAUAAUCGCACGUCCUGAAGGGUUUUAUUCCUCUUUAUUACAAUGCUUACAAUUUUUUUGUUUUAUUAGAAGAACGAUGAAUCAUAGUUUUUUUUAUCUGUUUAUAGUUGCUUUGACUGUUUUGGAACAUCCAUGAAACAAGUUAGUUCCUGUUCUCACUUGCAUUAUAGCAGGAUCAGUAUUUUCUUAGCAUGUUCUAUAAAAGUUAUACGUAAGUAAUAAAAA